CAGCGAGCUUGGGGAGAGCGCCGAGCCGAGCCGAGCCCGGGAAGACGAGCUUGGGGCGGGGGGAAGCGAGCGCAGGCGAGCCCGGGGGCACCCAGUGCGGGGAGCUCAGGUUCGGCGGUUCGGCUCGGAGCCGCGGCCAUGGCUCUGCCCGCGGGGCUCUGGGCAGCCUGGAUCCAGCUGGUGCUGAGCGCCGGAGCCACCAGCCAGGUGCUGGGUGUGGCAGGGGCCCCUGUGUCCGAGCCCCAGGUGGCCGUGUUCUGUGGGAAGCUGACCAUGCAUCGAAACCUGCAGACAGGCGGGUGGGACCCUGACGCUGCCGGCGCCCGCAGCUGCUUCCGCAACCGCCAGGAGAUCCUCACCUACUGCCAGGAGGUGUACCCCGAGCUGCAGAUCACCAAUGCAGUGGAAGGCACCCAGCCAGUCACCAUCGACAACUGGUGCAAGAAAGGACGUCCCCAGUGCAAGGGGCAUCGGCACAUCGUGGUGCCCUACAGGUGCCUGGUGGGUGAGUUUGUCAGUGAAGCGCUUCUUGUGCCUGACACCUGCAAGUUCCUACAUCAGGAGAAGAUGGAUUCAUGUGAGAGCUACGUCUACUGGCAUGGCGUGGCCAAGGAGGCCUGCAGCAGUGAGGGGCUGGAGCUGCACAGCUAUGGGAUGCUGCUGCCCUGUGGGGCUGACCGCUUCCGGGGCGUGGAGUACGUGUGCUGCCCCUCACUCCCCCUCCCUGUCCGGCUGGAGGAACCCACCCCGGUGCCCCGCAACAUGGCCCACCUGAAGGAAGAGCCCAAGAGCAGUGAGAGGCUCCCAACAGGCUGGGCCCCCAUGGAAGAGGAGACACUGGAGGCAGAUGGGGAUGGGGAGGAGGAUGUUGAGGAGGAGGAAGAGAAUGAAGGACCCAGGGACAGUGCAGAUGACACUGACCCCUUCCCUGCCACCUGGGAUGACUAUUUUGUGGAGCCCGGUUACUACGACGACAGCGUCACCCAGACCACCAUCACCACCACCACGCGGACCACCGAGGAGGAGGGCAAAGCCAGCCCUACCCCGCACCCCACAGAUGGCGUGGACAUCUACUUUGAGAUGCCAGGUGAUGGGAGUGAACACGCCAACUUCCUGCGAGCCAAGAUGGACCUGGAGGAGCGCAGGAUGAAACAGAUUAACAAGGUGAUGAAGGAGUGGGCCGAGGCGGACAACCAGGCCAAGGAGCUACCCAAGGCUGACCGGCAGGCGUUGAACGAGCAUUUCCAGUCUAUCCUGCAGACACUGGAGGAACAGGUGGCGGGCGAGCGGCAGCAGCUGGUGGAGACACACCUGGCCCGGGUGGUGGCCCUGCUCAAUGACAAUCGGCGCGUGGCACUGGAGAGCUACCUGAGCGCCGUGCAGAGCGACAGCCUGCAGCCAGAGCGGGUGCUGCCGGCGCUGAGGCGGUACAUUCGGGCGGAGCAGAAGGACCAGCGGCACACGCUGCGGCACUACCAGCAUGUUCGUGCUGUCGACCCUGAGAAGGCCGAGCAGAUGAAGUUCCAGGUGUACACCCACCUGCAUGUCAUUGAGGAGCGCAUGAACCAGAGCCUGGCCCUGCUGUACAAGAACCCUCAGCUCUCUGUGGGGUUGCGGGACCAGAUACAGGAGCUGCUGCAGGCAGAGCGGGCAGGGACCAGCAGCCUGCUCACCACGUCCAUCUCCGAGACACGCACCACCGAGGAGUUCCUGCCGCUGGACAGUAGUGAGGACCUAAGCCCCGAGGACCAUCCUGAUCACCUGGGGGCCGGGAACUUCUUCCAGGGGGAAGACUCCCAGCCAGCCACAAAGAAAGCCUCGGGGAUGGCGGCGGAGUAUGACUACCUCACCAGCGAGAAGAUCCCAUUGGGCGAGGAUGAGCAGAGGGUAAACAUCUCCAUGGGGGACAUCAAAGAAGUGGUGUACAAGUCCCCGGAGAUUCAGCGUGACGAACUGGAGCCAGACACCCUGGUAACCAUUAACAGGGGUGCCCUGAUUGGCCUGCUGGUGGUAGCAGUGGCGGUUGCCAUGGUGAUCAUCAUCAGUCUCCUGAUGGUUCGCCGGAAGCCCUACGGGACCAUCAGCCACGGCAUUGUCGAGGUGGACCCCAUGGUGAGCCCCGAGGAGCGGCAGCUCAGCAAGAUGCAGAACCACGGCUACGAGAACCCCACCUACAAAUUCUUUGAGGAGAUGCACUGAGAGGCCAGCCGCACCAUGGGUGGGAGGGGCAGUGGGGGGACACAGAGUGAAGCAUUCACAAACUGCUACCCCUCCCCCAACACUGGGAGAGGAUUAAACCUGCUUCCCCCUCAUGA